AAUUCAUUGAUGUCGUACACCAACAUUCAAUAUCAAUUGUUGUGUUUUAUGUGGUUUUUUCAAUUUGUAUUUUCCCAUAUUUUGGUUUUCAGCAUUAAGACAAAAAAAUCCAAAGCAAAUUGUUUCGAAAAAAAAAAAAUAUUUUAACAGUGUUUGCAUUAGAUAGUUAGAUAAACGGAGAACAAGUAGUAAAAAAAUGGAUUUUAUCAUAGCAAAUGUUGAGCAUUUGGAUUUCAAAAUCGAACGCGAUUUGAACGAACAGUAUGGAUCAUUGCCGUUGCCGUUUGCUGGCAUGGACAAAUCAACGGCGGCUGUGUGUCAAUUUUUCAACAGUACCGAUGGUUCGGAGUGUCAGCAGGGUGCAUCGUGUCCAUUCCGUCAUAUUCGUGGCGAUCGAACAAUUGUGUGCAAACAUUGGUUGCGCGGUCUCUGUAAAAAGGGUGACCAAUGUGAAUUUUUGCACGAAUACGAUAUGACAAAAAUGCCCGAAUGUUAUUUUUAUUCGCGUUUCAAUGCCUGCCACAAUAAAGAAUGCCCAUUUCUACACAUCGAUCCAGAGAGUAAAAUAAAAGAUUGCCCAUGGUAUGAUCGUGGAUUUUGUCGGCAUGGUCCGAAUUGUCGUCAUCGACACAUACGACGUGUGUUGUGCACAAAUUAUUUAGCCGGAUUUUGUCCGGAUGGUACAACAUGUAAAUAUAUGCAUCCAAGAUUUGAACUUCCGCCAGUGCCAGAGAUAACAAAAGAUCAACAACAAAAACGAGCACCGGUCUGCCAUUUCUGCGGUGAACAAGGUCACAAAGCGUCUUAUUGCCAGAAAAUGCCGCCAGAGCAAAGGGAAGCAUCGUUGCGUCAAGAAGAGAUCAAAUAUCGAUCAUUAGGCUAUGUUAAACAGAAUAUUGAUGGUGAUAAUAGUGACCCACAUCAACAGCAACCACAACCACGUGGACCACCACGACCAUUAGAAGAGAUUACAUGCUAUAAAUGCGGUACCAAAGGGCAUUACGCCAACAAAUGCCCGAAGGGACAUUUGGCAUUCUUAUCGUCAAAUCAUCACUUAGUUAAUAAGCAACAGCAACAACAGAAAGAUAUGCAAAACCAAUCACAAAAAUCACCAUGAAAACCGUCACAUUCAAUUUCGUUCAUUUAUCCCCGGUGCACAUAUGAAAUUAUGCAUAUUUUGAAUUUUUUUAUUCGACACAACCAAAUCGAAGACGAUGUUUCAUUUUGCGUCAUUGCAAAAAUAAACAAAGCAUGUAAAUAAGUGAAAAA